UGUUUUGCUUUUUUCUUCUUCUACACUAGAAAUUUCGGCAGAGCCAGCGAAGCUGGUCGUUAGACGGAAGUGACGACAUAGACGGCAAAGCUUGUGUCGUUUUCAAACCGCUCCGGAUCAAAUGUUGAGGGACGUUUGCCCAAAGAAGCGAAGAUGCAAACCGAGCCAGCGGAGACGAGGAGACUCUCUGGCCGGGGCCAACGAGGGGAAAGCCGGCUCACCAGAGCUGAGUCCCGGAGAAAAGACCCGGUGUCCGCGGUCACUGGUAUGAGGUCGACCCAGACGCCCAUAAGCCCAGAAAAGAAGAAGGGAGGACAUAAAGGAGAGACAGGAGGUGCAGGUUGGAGUGAGGAGGUGGAAUUGAUGAGGUGGAGGGUGAAUCAGCUGGAGAAGGAUAAACUGGAGGUGACGUCCAGACACAACCAGGAGGUGUGUGUGUUGGAGACGGAGCUGACUCGCCUGAGGUCAUUGGUGGAGCGAGGUGAAGCUCAGAGGGCGGAGCUUCAGUAUCAGCUAGCGGCAAGUCAGAGAGAGUCAACCCAGGUCACAGAGCUGAGGAGAGACAAGCAGUUGUUGACAGAGAGAGUAACACAGCUGCAGCAGACUGUACAGGAGCUGCAGAAGGUUCUGGAAAUCAUGCAUCGGUCUCGGGAAGAGGACCAGCAUGCUUUGCAGCAGGAAGUGGAGAAACGAGACAAACUGAUCCAGAGCCUCAGCUCUGAAAACAGACAACGACAGAGGAUUCUGCAGGAGCAGGAGGAGGCUCUGCAGGAGCUACACCGGAGGAUGGAGGAGUUGCAGAGACAACAGGAGGAGAAGCUGAAAAAGCUGAGGGAGAGCCACGACACCAGCAGGAGGGAAAAGGAGCAGGAGGCAGAGCAACGGCUCAGGGCUCUCGAGUCCAGUCUGGAGGCGGAGCGAGGAGCUCACCUGGAGACAAAGCUGCGAGUGAGAGACCUUGAGGCUGCACUGGUGUUGGAGUGCUCCGGUCAGCAGGAGGCGCAAUGCAGCCUGGAGCUGCUGAGGGUGCAGUUCAGGGAGGUGGAGAGAGCCUACAACCUGGAGAGAGAGAGGAGCAGCAGCUGUGAGGGCGCUCUAGAGCAGCUGCAGACGGAGUACGAACAGUAUAAAUCUCACCUCAGCGCAGCUUCAGAAGCAGAGAAGAGGAGAAACUCUGAGCUUUCAGAGAAACUGGAGGAGGAAGUGAAAAGACACGAAGACACGCGGUUAUUACUAGAGCAGGCUGCGAAGAUCAGACGUGAUACUGAAGAUCUUUACGCCACCUUCGUCCAGCAGAUCGUAGAAGCACUCAGACAUCACAGACUCUCAGGCUGUAGUCCUGCUGCAGUGCAUGAUGGGAAGCCCAGUCCUCCGUCUGAAGCUCUGCGGGCGCUGAAGACAACGCUGGCUGCAUCUGAGCAGCGUCUGGAGGAAACAGAGGAGCAGAUCCAGGAUCAGGUGUUGCUGUCAGAGAGGCUGCAGCAGGAGAACCAGACGCUGCAGCAGCUGACUUCAGAUCAGUCCGCACACAUACAGAAAUCUCAGGAGGCUCUGGUGCAACUUGAGGAAGAAGUGAAACGUCUGCGACAGGAGAGCUCUGAUUGGUCGACACAGAGUCACCGUCUGGAGGAGGAACUGCAAAGAGAGAGGGAGGAGAGAGCAAGAGAGGUUAAGAAGACAAGACAGGACUUUGAGGAAGAGUCAAAGGUCCGACUCUCUUUCCUCUACUGUCUGUACCAGCGCCUCCUAGCUGGCUGCGUCCUCAUAGGUCCGCCACACAGUAUCCUUGGUAACUUCACCUGGAAGGAGCUGUGUGAUGUCAUCAGUGAACACGUGGACCAGCAGACAGCCGACCUGCAGAAGGCUAAGGAGGAGAUUUCAAAUCUUCAGGCUGUGAAUGAUAAAAAGAGCGCAUGCAUGCGUGAGCUGCAGUGCCACCAGCAGCGAGCGUUCUCCCAUCUGGAGGAGAGCGUGAGGAGGAGAGAAGACGCCUGGAGCCAGAAGCUGCAGGUUUCUCGCUCUCAAUGUGAAUCCCUGCGCCACCACAUCUCCACCCUGGAACGCCGUCUACGGGUCUAUGUCUCCAAGAGCCGCGGUAAUUCCUCCUCUCUCCUAAUAGCCUGCACCCUGCUGGCCGGGGCAUUGAAACACACCCACCAGCGGUUUGUAACGCUCCGAGAACACAAAAGACUAUUGUGCCGGCAUUUAGCAGAGAGGGAGGCGCUGGAGGAGGAGGUAAGACAACUGGCUGAUGCACUGGAAGGAGAAGGAGACAAGAAGGAGGAGGAGAAGACAAGAGGAAGGGGUUUGAUCAGAAGGUGGAGGAUAAGUGUUUGUGCUGUGCUGGCUGUAAGGAGGUGGUGUGUGUUAACUCAGAAGACAACGGUGAAGUUUCACCUGGAGAGAGGAGGCGCCGGUUUGGCUGUUUGUACAAUCGAAAAACAUAGUGAAGCAGAUCGUGAUGACGCUCGUUGGCUUCGCUCUAAACAGCUCUUCACAACAAUAAAAUAUUGCAUGACUGAUCUGCAGAGGGCGCUAGCACACACUGACUCCACCUCUCGAGAGCUCAGCGCUGCGGCUAGUUCUUCUUUAUCCCGCCUCAUGGAUCGCAUCCUAGACCAAUCAGAAACAGCCUGUGAAGAUAACGAGGACACACUGAUCAAACGUCUGGAACAUGGCCUCGACAAACUCACUCCUCCUGAGUCCAACACAAAGGUCUUGGUGUCGACCCUCCAACAUCACUUCCUCCGUUUCAGCCAACGGCUGCACUCAGCUGAGUUAGAGAGGCGGAGCCUGAGGGUGGAGGCAGCCAAUCAGAAAAGAGGAUUGGUACAGGCGAAAGAUCCCACUGGGGAGAUGGUUUCUCUGGAGCAUUUCCACCGUGUUUGCUCAGAGCUGCAUCAGGCUCUGAACAGAGAACAAGAAACUCAGACACUGAUCCAGGAACAGACAUCGCGUCUUCAGGUGCUGCAGCAGCAGCAGCAGCAGCUAGGUGGCGCCCUCACCUCAAAGCAGCAGCAGCUAGCAAUGAGCCACGUCACACAGGCUCUGUCAGAGG